AUGCAGCUUACUCUCCUCCUGUCGCUUUUGCCAGCUUUGGCUGCUGCUCUCCCAGCUCCUGUUCUUGAGCCUCGCGCCGGUACUCCCAUUCCCGGAAAGUACAUCGUCAAGCUUCAGAACCAGAACCUUCAGACCAUCCUCGAGGCUGCCCUGAAGGUUCUCAAGAAGGACCCUGCCCACGUCUACCAGUUCGGCAACUUCGGUGGUUUCGCCGCUGAACUUAGCGACGACAUCGUCAAGGUCCUCCAGAACCUUCCUGGCGUCGACUACAUCGAGCAGGACGCCGUCAUCAAGGCCAACCUUGGUGAGAUCGAGGAUACCAUCGAGAAGAAGGCGUACACUACCCAGUCAUCUGCUACCUGGGGUCUCGGCCGCAUCUCCCAUGCCAGCGCGGGAACUACUUCCUACACUUACGACACCACUGCUGGAGCCGACACCUGUGUGUACGUCAUUGACACUGGUAUUUACACCGCUCACCCCGAGUUCGAGGGUCGUGCUACGUUCCUCGCCAACUAUGCUGGCGACGGUUCCAACACUGAUGGUAACGGCCAUGGCACUCAUUGCGCUGGUACCGUUGGAUCCAAGACCUACGGUGUAGCCAAGAAGACUAAGCUCUUUGCCGUUAAGGUCCUUGACGCCUCCGGCUCGGGUACGAACUCUGGCGUUAUUGCCGGUAUCAACUACGUCGCCAACGAUUCCAAGACCCGCUCUGGCUGCUCCGCCGGUGUUGUCGGCAGUAUGUCUCUCGGUGGCUCCAAGUCCACUGCAGUCAAUUCCGCUGUUGCCAACGCUGUUACUGCCGGUGUUUUCAUGGCCGUUGCUGCCGGCAACGAUUACCAAAAUGCCGCCAACUACUCUCCUGCGUCUGAGGCUACUGCAUUCACUGUUGCUGCCUCUGACAGUUCUGACAAGUUUGCUUCUUUCUCCAACUACGGCUCCAUUGUCGACAUUAUCGCCCCCGGUGUCUCUAUUCUAUCGACCUGGUUGAACGGUGGUACCAACACCAUCUCUGGUACUUCCAUGGCUACUCCACACGUUGCCGGUCUCGCCGCCUAUCUCCUUGGUUUCGAGGGCAAGAAAACCCCUGCCGUUCUUGGUGCCCGCAUCCAGACUCUUGCUACCAAGAACAAGAUCACCAGUCUUCCUUCCGGAACAGUCAACUACCUGGCCUUCAACGGGAACCCCAGCGGUUAG